GCCAUGGCUACCCCGCCGAUUACCGUGAAGGAAAUUGUUUCGCUGACUUCCUGCGGAAUCAACCCACAAUGCAUCUCCUUCACCAACCUCACAAUGGAGAGCGAAAAUUUCAUCUGCGUGCGCGAGACAGGCGUCGCCAACUCAGUUAUCAUCGUGGACAUGGCGUCGCCCGCGCAACCUAUGAAGCGACCAAUCACGGCGGAUAGCGCGUUGAUGAACCCGGUCUCUAAGGUGAUCGCGCUGAAGGCAGCCGUCGCAGGCACGACGCAGGAUCACCUACAGAUCUUCAAUAUCGAGAUGAAGUCCAAGAUGAAAUCGCAUCAGAUGCCAGAAAGUGUGGAGUUUUGGCGCUGGAUCUCGCCCGACAUGAUCGGAAUCGUCACGAACUCUUCGGUGUACCACUGGAGUAUGGAGGGAGACGCAGCACCUCGGAAGAUGUUUGACCGCACAGAAAACCUCGCGGGCAACCAAAUCAUAUCAUAUCGUGCAUCCGAAGACAUGCAGUGGUUUACCCUGGUUGGGAUCGCCCCCGGUAAUCCUGCCCGACCAGCGCUUGUUAAGGGAAAUAUGCAACUCUACUCAGUGGCGCAGUCCCGGUCACAGGCUCUUGAAGCGCAUGCAGCAGCGUUCGCAACGCACUUAGUUGCAGGAAACACGGCCAAAUCGCACGUCGUCGCAUUUGCUCAAAGGAUGGUACAGCCAGACGGUUCUAUCUCUAGCAAACUUCACGUGAUCGAGCUUGGCGCACAGGCUGGACAGAGCCCCUUUCAAAAACGCCAAGCAGAGCUCUUUUUCCCACCGGACUUCGUGGACGACUUCCCAGUGUCAAUGCACAUCUCAGAAAAGUAUGGGGUCAUAUAUGUCGUCACUAAAAAUGGUCUGCUAUUCGUGUACGACCUUGAGACGGCAACUGCAGUUUACCGCAACAAAGUGUCGAACGACCCCAUAUUCAUUGCGUGCGGCUCACCUUCGAGUGGAGGCAUUUACGUGGUGAAUCGCCGCGGGCAGGUGCUACUCAUCAACCUGAACGAACCUGCGGUGGUUCCGUUCAUCUCCGGUCAGCUCAGUAAUGUAGAGUUAGCGAUGAGUUUGGCCCAACGAGGCAAUUUGCCCGGUGCUGAGGCACUGGUAACACCCAAGUUUGAGCUGUUGUUCUCCCAGGGCGAUUUCAAAGCAGCAGCAGAGCUUGCAGCGGACUCGCCCAAAGGAGCGCUGCGAACCAGGGAAACCAUCGCAAAAUUUCAGGCAGUUCCUGCACAACCUGGUCAAAACUCUCCUCUGCUGCAAUAUUUUGGCAUUUGCCUUCAGCGGGGGAAACUCAACGCGUUUGAAACUUUGGAGUUAUCCCGGCUCGUUUUGUCACAAAAUAAAAAGGUGCUCCUCGACACGUGGAUGGCAGAAGAUAAACUCGAAUGCUCUGAAGAACUCGGGGAUAUGCUCCAAAAUGUAGAUCCUGAUAUGGCGCUGCGCGUGUGGAUCAAGGCAAGAGCGAAUAACAAGGUUGUCGCCACUCUUGCAGGGAAAGGCGAGUUCGAAAAGAUGGGGAAAUAUUGCGAGAUGGCGAAUUUUAAACCGGACUACUCUUACCUGUUGCAGAGUACGCUGAUGAGCAAUCCGCAGGGAGCGGUGAAUAUCGCGAUCCAAAUUGGCAACCAGUCCCCACCUCCACUUGAUUUUAAUGCAGUUGCCGACCUGUUUUUGCAGCGCAACAUGAUCAGAGAAGCCACAAGUUUCUUGCUCGAAGUUUUGAAAAAAGACCUACCUGAACAAGCUGCAUUGCAAACCAAGGUUCUCGAGAUUAAUCUUGUCACCUUUCCCAACGUAGCGGACGCUAUACUUGGUCAAGGAAAGUUGACACACUAUGACCGCCCGCGCAUUGCUCAGCUGUGUGAAAAAGCAGGUCUGUACAUGCGCGCAUUGCAACAUUAUGUCGAGGUGUCUGAUCUGAAGCGUUGUUGCGUGAACACGCACUCUAUCGAUCCUGCGGCAUUGAUCGAGUGGUUUGGCACUCUGUCAAGGGAAUGGGCCCUCGAGUGUGUAAAAGAACUACUUAUAUCAAACCAACGUCAGAACCUCCAAAUUGUUGUCAACGUAUGCAAGGAAUACACCGAACAACUGACUGCAGAUUCCAUAAUAACGUUACUGGAAGAGCACAAAAGCGCGGAAGGCCUGUUUUACUAUCUUGGCUCUUUGGUUGCAACGAGUGAAGACCCGGAUGUGCACUUCAGGUACAUCGAGUCGGCUGCUAAGACAGGUCAAAUCAAGGAGGUAGAGCGCGUCACGCGCGAGUCCAGUUUUUACGAUCCUGAGAAGGCAAAGGUCUUUCUGAUGGAAAUGGAUCUGCCUGAUGCGAGACCGCUUAUUAACGUAUGUGAUCGAUUUGACUUCGUACCCGAGCUCACCACACACCUGUACCAGAAGAAGCUCCUACGAUACAUCGAAGGAUAUGUACAGAAGGUAAACCCAAGCAAUGCCCCACUGGUUGUUGGCGCAUUACUGGACCAGGAGUGCGAUGAGGACUUCAUCAAGAAUCUCAUAUUAUCUGUCCGUUCACUUCUUCCUGUUGGACCGCUUGUGGAGGAAGUUGGCAAACGUAACCGCCUAAAGAUGCUGACACCGUUCUUAGAGCACCUCGUGUCAGAGGGCUCAACUGAUCCCAGUGUACAUAAUGCCCUUGGAAUGAUCCUCAUCGAUAGCAACAGCAACCCAGAGCAUUUCCUGACCACCAACGAGCAUUACGACAGCAAGGUAAUAGGUAAGUACUGCGAGAAACGAGAUCCUAAUUUAGCUUGUGUAGCUUACAAACGUGGGAACUGUGACUUCGAACUCGUGGACUGCACCAAUAAAAAUUCGCUGUUCAAGCUUCAAUCCCGCUAUGUCGUCGAGCGCAUGGAUCACGAUCUUUGGGCGCAUGUCCUCAACGAUGAGAAUGCGCACAGGCGCCAGCUGAUAGACCAGGUGGUAUCCACUGCUUUACCUGAAAGCAAAAACCCUGAGCAAGUCAGCGUCACAGUAAAGGCAUUCAUGACAGCUGAGAUGCCACAGGAACUCAUCGAGCUGCUUGAGAAGAUCGUCUUACAGAACAGCGCGUUCAGUAACAACCCCAACCUGCAGAACCUUCUCAUUUUAACUGCCAUAAAGGCCGAUAAGACAAGGGUUAUGGACUAUGUCAACCGUCUCGAUGCAUUCAAUGGCCCAGAGGUUGGCGAGAUCGCGGUGGGUAACGAGCUUUACGAGGAAGCGUUCGCGAUUUUCAAGAAAUUUGAUCUUCAUGUUGAUGCCAUGAAGGUUUUACUCGAUUCUAUCGAGUCCAUUGAUCGUGGCAGCGAGUAUGCCGCGAAGGUUGAUCUUCCAGAUGUUUGGAGCCAGCUCGCCAAGGCGCAGCUCGCCCUCGACGUUGGCGCUGCUGUUGCAUCGUAUAUCAAGGCGCAGGAUGGGGCUGACUACAACGCUGUCAUCGACGUUGCGAAGAAAUGCAACGACUACGAAGCAUUAGUCAAAUACCUUGUCAUGGUGCGCAAAAAAGUCAAAGAAGCGCGCGUGGAUACCGAACUGUGCUACGCAUACGCUCGCAUUAAUUCGCUAGGCGAGCUUGAAGAGUUCAUCAUGACACCCAACGCCGCAAGCCGAGAGACGGUUGGCGAGCGAUGCUUUUCUGAGGGACUGUAUGAAGCAGCAAAGGUUAUGUUUACUGCAGAUUCUAAUUGGGCACGUCUUUCAUCAACGCUCGUCAAGUUGCUGAGGUAUCAAGAGGCUGUGGAUGCCGCACGUAAAGCGAACCAGACCAAGACGUGGAAAGAGGUGUGUUUUGCGUGCGUUGACUGUGAACAGUGGCGACUCGCUCAGCUAUGCGGGUUGCAAAUUAUCGUCCAAGCAGAUGAGCUCGAAGAAGUAUCCUUGUAUUACCAGAGCCGCGGUAGAUUUCCAGAGCUUCUUUCUCUCAUGGAAGCUGGCGUGGGGCUGGAACGUGCACACAUGGGCAUUUUUACUGAGCUUGGCAUUUUGUAUGCUCGGCAUCGCCCGGAAAAGCUGAUGGAGCAUCUCAAGUUGUUCAGCACGAGAAUAAACAUUCCUCGUCUGAUUCGCUCGUGCGAAGAGAUGGCGGCGUGGAAGGAGCUCUCCUUCUUGUAUAUCGCAUAUGAUGAGUACGAUAAUGCUGCAGGGGUCAUGAUGGAACACCCUGAUGCCUGGGAACAUGUAUCGUUCAAGGAUGUUUGCGUCAAGGUGGCAAAUGUGGAGGUGUAUUACAAGGCACUCAAUUUUUACUUACAGGACCACCCUACGAAACUAAACGAUUUACUCACCGUAUUGACCCCUCGAAUCGAUCACACUCGGGUGGUGGAUCUGAUGCGAAAGGCUGGACACUUGCCCUUACUGAAGCCUUACCUGAGCGCGGUGCAAAAUUGCAAUUUGAACGCAGUAAAUGAUGCAGUGAAUGAGCUGUGCAUCGAAGAAGAGGACUUUCAAGGCUUGCGCAAUUCCAUUGACCUUUAUGACAACUUCGAUCAGAUGUCCCUCGCGUUUCGUUGCGAAAAGCACGACCUGCUCGAGUUCCGUCGCAUCGCCUCUUAUAUUUACCAGAAGAACUUGAGGUGGAAGCAAUCUGUUGAGUUGUCAAAAAAAGAUCGUCUUUUCAAGGAUGCCAUGGAGGCUGCGGCCCAGUCGGGUGAUCGUACAAUCGCUGAGGAGCUUCUCAACUUUUUUGUUGCUGAUCGAAAUCGAGAAUGCUUUGCUGCUUGCUUGUACACGUGCUAUGACCUCUUACGAGCAGAUAUCGUGUGUGAACUGGCAUGGACAAAUGGUCUGAUUGAUUUCGCAAUGCCUUUCAUGAUUCAGGUGUUGCGCGAUUACACUGGUAAGGUUGACUCUCUGGUUGAGGACAAGAAAGAUCGCAACGAUGAGAGAGUGGCGGCAGAGAAGGAGGCAGUAGAGCAGCAGAUGAAUCAGAACCUCUACGCACAGCUUCUCCCAGCGGCGUUACCGGCGCCAGGAAUGGAUUCCACAGGUGGCACGUUUGUCCCAGGCACGAUACCACCCCGUGGCAUGGCUGGGUAUGGCUCCGACAGCAUCUCUCCAGGUGGGUACAUGCCACAGCAGCAGGGAUAUUUCUGAGGUUUUGGGCCAGACUACCAAAGCGUACAGUAAGUUGUAGUGCAACUUACGUGUUUUGUUCAACCAUUAGAUCGCAAUUCCGCAGAGUCUAUGCAGCGCAGAGAUAAAACUUGAUUCAGGAACGUCAAGCGAAGAAAUGUACAACAAGCAAGUCUCACAAAUUGUUAUCCCAAGCAUUUCCAAGCCAACCCUUGAGGACACGAAGAAGAGUGUGACUCCUGUUCAAAAUAUUAUUUGUGUAUUCCUCACCGGUACAGAGGCUACAUUUACGUGUAUGUACACAUACCUUCGAAGGCAUAGACUAGGAUAUGUAUAAUGUCUAAGGACUUCUGGAAGUAUAAAGUUGCAACUUAGUCUACAGUAUCCUACCUUCGUACUUCGGGAAGUACGUACCUUCUAAUAAGGUACGUAACAACUUACUUCGAUAUUCCGUAAGUGUAGCCCUACAGUAUAUGUACAUGUAGUCUAUGUAGCCCUGCAUUAUUAUAGUCUAACAACUUAUUUAUACACGUACAAGUCUAUUC